GCUGGCGCUGUGGGACCAGGGGCACCUUAUAAGGUGCUCACAAUUACAACUGAACCAGCCUUCGAUUUCCCUCUCCAACUUCAUCCAUUACCCGCAAAAUCAUUCUCAACAUCGACAUGGAAUCCACCGCUAAGGCUACCACCAACCAGCCCCAGGCUGCCGUCCAAAUGAGCGUUGUGAGCCCUGCUCCUGCCAACAACAGUCAGAACCACCAAGAGCACCACGCUAAGCGUCUCCGUGGAGGAGGAGCUGCUAAAGACUGCUUCCUUGGUGCACUUGAAUGUUUCCUGUGCUUCGAGUGCUGCAAGGACUGCUGCGAAUGCUGGGCAGAUAUUAUCUGCUGCCCUUGCGAGAUGUGCUGUUAAAUGCCCUCCCGCCUUUGAAGUCUGCUCAUAGUCUGUAUCUUUCCUUUCACGACCAUGACUUUUGUAACACCGCCUCCUCGAUUAAUAUUGUACUGCGAUGAUUCAGUUGUUGUAGAGAUCAGAUAGGCUUGGCAUAUUAUGUACCUUUGAUGUUCUUGAAAGUUGAAACACGCGUACUACUAUUCGGGGUUCACGGCAAUCAAGUUACGUUUCAACGGGUACUAAUUAUAGGCCCAUGACAAACGUUCG